CACAGCAGUGAAGAGAGAGAUAAACCAACCAACAUGGAGGAAGAGGGCGGUCUUUAUUCUGAGUCUAUAGCCAGAAAUGAAAAGCCGUCAGAUGAGUGAGAGGAACCAUGAAGGAAACACCUCAGAGCCUGCUGCUUUGUCUGAGCUUCCUGCUGUGCUGCAGAACAAACCAAGCUGCUCUGACUGUGAGUCCCAGCAGAUCUCAGUUCUUUACCAGACAGUCUGUGUCUCUGAGCUGUGAGGAGAACAACAGCUCUGGUAAUUCUACUAUAUGGAGGAACACAGCUGAAGGAAACAACAGGUGUGGAGAUGGAUGGGGGGAACCAGCUGGUUCUACCUGUAACAUCAAUUGGUUGAUACCAUUAGACAGUGGAGUUUACUGGUGUUCGUCCAGAGAGGGAGCAGCCAGCAGCAGCAUCCAGCUCACUGUCACUGGUGGAUCAGUGAUCCUGCAGAGUCCUGUCCUCCCUGUGAUGGAGGGAGAUGACGUCACUCUGAGCUGUCUAACAGAGACCACUCCCUCCAACCUCCCAGCUGCUUUCUAUAAAGAUGGCUCCCUCAUCAGGACUGAGCCCAAAGGUCACAUGACCCUCCACCAUGUGAACAGCUCUGAUGAAGGCCUCUACAGGUGUAACAUCAGGGGUCAUGGAGAGUCUCCAUCCAGCUGGAUCUCUGUUGAAGAGAAACCAGAAACAAACUCUGCUCCUCCAACCACACCUCCUCCUCCUCCUCCUCCUGCCUCCUCUUCAUCUCUUCCUGCCAUCUUGUUGCCUCUUGCAUCUCUCUUUGUUAUGUUUCUACUGGUGUUACUGGUUCCACUCAUCAAUAGAAAUCUUCACAAGUCAAAAGAUGGGAUGGAAACCUUCUCUCAGUUCCUCAGGACAGAGUUCAGGGAGGAAGACAUCAAGUUCUGGUCGGUCUGUGAAUACAGAACCACUGAUCCAGGAACAGAGCUGCUGUCCAAAGCCAGAUCUAUUUCUACAGCCUUGAUGGAAGCAGAGGCCUCCAAGCAGUAGAACCAGACCUCAUCUACUCCUCAGUGAGGUAGUCCACCAUCUGACCUCUGACCUCCAGCUGCUGCCUUCUGACUGCUUCAUCCAACAGACUCUG